AAAAGAGAACCCUCUAGACAAUACUCAAUAUCUUUCUCUUUUCAAAUUUUAUUCUUUUUAAACUAUACUACAUUUUUUCCACAAUAAUUUACAUUUACAUUAGGUUAAGGUUGUAUAUGGAUGAUUGAUUAUUAAUGAUCUGAUUGUUCUUUAAAAAAAUUUUAAGGAGUAUUAUUUGCUAGUCCAUUAUGCUACUCAUCUAUUGUUUUAGCUUGCCCAGCUAUUUGCCGCUCGAUUAUGCUACUCAUCUGCUUAUCCACAAUCUUUCUCUCUCUUUUUUGUUUUUGGCAGAAAAAAUUGCUAAGAAGCUUUUUGCUGUGACAAUUUUGGAGCAGAAGAAAAUUGAGAAAUAUGGUCAUUGUAGACAAGGCGGUCAACGAUGAUAAAUUCGCUAUCGUUUUACACCCUAUCACUAUGAGAAACUUUAGCUUUUUCGUGGAGAUACAAUUCUUAUCAAGGUUUUCAACGUGAUCUUCUAACUGAAAGUCUCUAAAUUGUAUGUGGAUUUUUUUCUUGAUAAAUAUCUACAUAAUUUAUGAUAAUUAUUUAGUAAUGUUUUGAUGAUAACUUUUCAGGGAUACGAUUUUCAACUAUCUAAUAGCGUAGUGUUUGAAUUAUUUAAUGGUGUAGCGUUUGAACUACUUAAUGGCUUAUUUGUUGUUUGCAUAAGUUCUCGGUAUAUUUCUCGCAUAUUUUACAGUUUAUUGUCGGUAAACAUAUUUUUAGCGUUUCUUCUUUGUGUCUUUUUGUGCUCUUCAAUUAUGUCUUUAUAUUUGCUUACAAAGAUAAAUUUUCCUAACAUAGUUUGGUUUUGAUAUUUUUUUUCCCCGUUCCUCUAUUUCUUAAUAUUGAAGUCCUUUAAUUUUAUGUUGUUUUGGCUUUAUUUUUCGAAAGUGAUGCAAACAUGAACAUGCGCUCUAAGUUACAAGGACACAAUAUUGAAACAAGAACAAGCUAGGCUUGUAGUAUCAUCGAUUGAAAACCUUGUCAUUGGAUCAAAGGAAACGGUCGUUGUUGGACCCGUAAAUGUGCAAACUGAUUCUGUUGAAGCUUUGCCAUCAUCUCAAACUUCAAUAGUGUACACAUGAUCUAACUUAAUUAGUAAUUUUUAUGAAAAAUGAAAUAACUCAAUAUACACAUCUCUUCAUGUUUAAUUAGUUAUAUUGUUGCAGGAUGGAGACAAGAAGAGGUUUAUGAGAAUUUGUUAUGUCGAAGAGGUUCAUGAGAAUUUGUUACGUCCCUUAUAUCUUGCGCACAUAAAAGUUGGUUUGUAUAUUUCUUUAAUUAUGGAUUGAUGAUAACAUAUUUUUCAAUAUCGAUAUAAGGGUUUAACCUAAUACUUAUGACUUUAAGAUCAACUCAGGUUUUUUCUGCUCAAUUUUGGUGAAUCACCAGUGCUAUAAACAUUAUUAUGACAAUAAUAGAUGGCUUCCAUGUGCGAGGAUUAUGCUACCUAAAUAUGGGUUUUGAUAAUUGAGAUGAGUUUGUUCAUAUGAAGCAUGAAAUACCUUGCAAACUGAAGGCUUAAGUUUGCACAAACGAUGAGUAUUCACAUGGUUUAGAAAUUAGAUAUUCAUUAAUUUUGUCAAAAUUUAUGGAGAGGCAAAUAUCACAUCAAUUAAAGGUCAAUUUUCUUUAUGAUUAUUAUGUAGUUUUUGAAUUUCAUAUUUACCCCCCCUAAUAUUCAGGAAUUUCAAAGGCUCAAAUAUGCCCCUAACGUUUGCGAAACUGAAUAAAUAUGUCCUCCAAUAUUUUCCGUUAACUCAAAGGCAUGUAUGGCAAAAAAAAAAAAAAACGUUAGGGGCAUCUUUGUACCAACCUUUUAAUGAUGGGCAAAUGUGUAAAAUUUCGCAAUGGUUAGGAGCAUAGCCUUUGCCAUUUAUAAUAUAAGAGUAAAAUUUUACAUACUUAACUCCAACUUAGUUAAAUACUCUUGUAAAAAGAAAAGAAAAAUAGAGUGGAUGGGGGUAAGUAGAAGGACCAGUUAGUAAAUCCAACGAGAAUACAAGCAACCGCAGAACUGUGGAGAGUGAGAGAAAGAGAGAGCAACCCUAGCAAGCAUCUCCAACAUCAGAAACUUUAUCCUAUGAAUUAUCAUAAUGUUACCAGAGAAGAAGAAGAGUAAAUCGAUUUCAAAUAUUGGAAAGGGUAAUCUUUUCAAUCAAAUUACAAUUAGCAAUGGAGAAGAAGCAAGUCAAAAGUUUAAUCAGAAGAAGAAGAAAUCAGAUCAAAUUUGUAAAGGGAAGAAUAGUACAGAGCAGAUGGAUGUUGAUAAGCGAACUCACUUCCAAGAGGAAAUUCUUGCGGACAUCCUCAACAGAUUACCUGUGCGGUCUCUUCUCCGAUUCAAAUGUGUUUCAAAAUUAUGGGAAACAUUGAUCUCCGAGCCUUACUUUAAGAUGACGCAUCUCAAUCAUGCCAAGAAUGAACAGAAUUCCCAAAAACUUCUUAUACGUUGCCUUGAAAAUGAUUUAUAUUCCAUGUAUUGUGUUCCUUUAUCAUCGUCGGUUCAACCUGUUGAGAAUGUACGAAAACUUGAUUUCUCUGUCAUCUCUAGACCAUAUAACUGCGCAAUCCGUGGUUGUUGUGAUGGGUUGGUUGUUAUCCAUGUUAAUGAUAAUAUUGAUGGUCGACGCACUAUACAUUUGCUAUGGAACCCCUCCACAGGAGAAUCAAUACUACUUCCCAAUCCAGAGCUUCCAAAGCGGGAAGAAUCUCGUUUGGGAUUGGGUUAUGACUCAACUUCUGGUGGCUAUAAGAUCCUUAAAAUUCACACUAACAUAGAUCGUCCUGGUGAAAUUCUUGCGCUGAAAAGUAGUUCCUGGAGAAAUAUUGAUAAACAUCCUCGUGGCAUUUGCAAUGAGAUCGAAGCUAUGCAGUCUUUGCCAAUUGUAAACGAGGCAUUUCAUUGGAUCGGUAUUUUUGGAAGUCAUUCUGUGGUUUCAAGAAAUUAUUUGGUGGUUUCAUUUAGUAUUUCAAGUGAAGUGUACGGAGAGAUACCUUUGCCAGAGCAAAUUUUAUGCUCGAAGGCCAAAAUCAUUAUUGGCGUUUCAGUAUUGGAAGGUAUGCUUUGUGUUUAUUCUAAUUCUUAUCUUCAGAGGAAGGCAGCUUUAAAGUUAUGGGUAUUGAAAGACUAUGGUGUCAAGGAAUCUUGGACUACAUUGUUAACUAUCGAAGGUCCUUGGAUUGAUAAGGCCAUGCCGAAAUAUAGGUUUGCGGAUGGUGAACUGCUAUUUUGGUGCCUAAGUCAUAAAUGUACAGGGCAUGCUUUUAGGACAUCCAGAGGGCCAUUUAGAUUAUGGCCUCGAUGUGAUAUCCUUCAGACUGGAAUCACUUUUACAGAAAGCUUGAUCUCUCCAAAAUCACUUAUUUAGUGUUGGCUUAUGUAUGAUCGGUCUGCUUUACUUGAGCCGAGGGUCUAUCGGAAACAGUCUUUCUACCUAUAAAGGUAGGAUAAAGUCUGCGUACACUCUAUCCUCCUCAGACCCUACUUGUGAGAUUACAUUGGGUAUGUCGUUGCUUAUGUAUGAUCCAGGCACUUUUAAUCUUUUUUCGGUUACCAUGUUACAACCUCUAAUUAGUUUUUCUAUUGCUCGCUAGUUUUUAAGUCUCAAAAUGUAUUUACCAAAGAUGUCAGCUUGCUUAUUUCUUGUUCUCAGAGAAACAACAGGAGUGAUUUCUUUGCUAAGAAAGACAUGGUUACCCCCUCGUCUCUUGUACCUAUUAUUGUUUGUCUAGUCUUAUAUAAUAGUGUAAUUGUUUUGAAUAAAUGCACUGUCUAUGCUUCAGCUGUAGUUCAGUGGAACAGUUCCUACCUGGAUUAGAGGAAGAGACCUUAUUCAAGAGAAGAGGAUUAUAUAUCUCAA